AUGAACAAAAGUCUUUUUCGCCUGCCAUUUGAAUCCAAUGAUGAUGAACUUGGCCCGUGGAAUGUUCUGCUCAGUGAUCAUGCAAUCCAAGAUAUCCAAGAGUUGCAGAUGAAGCCUUGCGCAAUCGAUGCACUCAUGAAGAAACUCUUUCAGAUAUCACAUGGAAAAUGGAAUAAGCAUGGACUCCAACAUACAUUACAAUCUCAUUCUCACGUCAUACUACCUAUUUAUGUGGUGGAACUGAAACCUCCGAAUUGUGACAACUUGAAAAUUCUCUGGCAGGUUGAUUAUGGAUUCUCUAUUCGUGACAAGUCAUACAUUCAGCAUGCGGUAAUUUGGGCAGUCACUGUGAACGAAGAGCAAACCAACGAAAGAUUAGAAAAUAUUGCAUUACUUCACCAAGUUUACACCCCUGAGCAUAAAGACAAGUGUGCAUUCCAACAGAUUGGCAAAGGUGGUAUCGUUUUACCAAAAUCCUUUGAAGAUGAGGGUGGAACAAAGUCCACCCAGAGCAGAUUGAGGAAGAACCAAACAGAUGAUGAAAAUUUGCUAAAAGUCCAUGAAAUGCUUACUACAAAUAAGUUUGUUCCAUUAUCAAAGAGCUUGUUUUUGUCACUUGCCAGAGGUGGUACUGAAUUUACUUUCCAGGUAUCUAAGCUUGAGUAUGAAAUUAUCAAUCAUCCUUCAUCAGCAAUUGUCAUUGGUCGUUCUGGAACUGGAAAAACCACAUGUAUUGUGUUUAGACUUCUUGCUUCAUACCUGAAAAGCCAACCCAACGAAACAUCAAAUGACAAUGGUGAGGAUUCUCAUAAAAGACAAAUAUUCAUUACGUUGAGUGAUAAUCUUUGUCACAAAGUAAAAGAAAACUUCAACAAAUUGCUGACGUCGGUAGCAUUUGCUAAUAAAAGGAUGUACAAAGAUCAAUCCCACGAGGAAAGUGAUAAUAUUGAUGUGACAAAUGACACAAAGAUUGGGAAAGAUAAAAUUCCAAACUCAUUCCGUCUUCUGACAAAAGACCAUUUCCCAUUAAUAAUUACCUAUGAAAAGUUCAUCAAAAUGCUUCUAGGAACUUAUGACAUUAAUGGUUCUAAUCCAAAUGGUGAACACCUUUCAAGAGAAGAUUAUCAAGACAUCAGCACUAAAAAAUUCCCAACAUUUUGCUACAACCGUGAUGAAAUUUAUGAUUUAUUUCUAGAAUAUGAAAAGAGGAAGGAAGAUUAUGACUCAAUAGACUUGGCAAUUAUUAUUUUACAACAUGUCAAAAUGGAUCGAGAGAGAGAGAAUCCAUUUAAUUUGCAAAUACAUGAAGUAUAUAUUGAUGAGUGUCAGGACAAUAGCAUUGUAGGAUUAGCACUUAUUUUAAAGCUCUUUGAACGUGUUGACAAUAUUUUUUUGGCUGGGGAUAUAGCACAAUGUAUUGCAAGGGGAUCAUCUUUUCGAUUUCAAGAUCUGAAAGCUUUUGUAUAUAAAUGGGAACGUGAUCGACCUAAAAUUAUUCACAAUCAACCGAGUGCCAUAAUGCCAAAACUGUUUGAAAUGAAUAUUAAUUACCGUUCACACAAUGGAAUCCUUAGACUUGCUUCAUCAGUAAUUGAUCUAAUCACUCAAUUUUUUCCUGAGUCCAUUGACCAGAUGCCACGUGAGUGUGGUGAAGUUGGUGGUCCUCAACCAAUUGUUUUUGAAGGGAUUGAUUCUGAAGCAUUCUUUUUCCAUGACUUUUCUGAGGAUGGGAAUGAGUCAAGUAAUAUUGAAUUUGGUGCUGAGCAGGUCAUUAUUGUACGUGAUGAUGAAGCUAAAGAGCAUGUGAAGAAAAAAAUUGGUGAAGAAUUUGGAUUGAUAUUGACUGUAUUUGAGUCCAAAGGGAUGGAGUUUAAUGAUGUGCUGUUGUACAAUUUCUUUGCUGAUUCACCUGCAUGCUCAAAGUGGCGUGUAAUUUUCUCUGCUUUUGACAACCAUUCAAAAGGAAUUCAAGAAUUUUAUCAUGAGAAACAUUAUAUACUUUCUUCAGAACUCAAACAUCUUUAUGUUGCAGUGACAAGAGCACGCCAGCAAAUUUGGAUCUAUGAUGAAAACACUGAAUGGAGUGAGCCAGUUUGUAAGUAUUGGGAACAUCAUAAACUGGUCAAUGUAAUUAAUAUUGUGAAUGGAAACAGUGCUACUUUGUCUACUUUGGCUAAGAAAAGUAGUCAAUCUCAAUGGGAUCAACAAGGAGAAAUUUUUUUUAAACAACAGCAAUAUGACCAGGCUGCUUUCUGCUUCAAGAAAAGUAAAAAUGAAAAGUACAAUCUAGCAAAAGCAAAAUAUCUUCAGCAGUUUGCCAAAGAUUCUAUAUAUGAUUCUGAUGUUACUACUGUGAAUUUCAAUUUUGUUAGUGCUGCUGAGGCUUUCUUAAAAUGUUCAUUACCAAUUAAUGCAGCCUCAUGUUAUCUGGAGGUCAACAUGUAUGAAAAAGCUGGUGAUAUUUAUGUAACGUGUGAUAAGUUAGAGUAUGCUGCUCAUUUUUACUCUAAAGCCAAUAAAUGGGAUAAAGUAGGUGAUACUUUUCAAAAGGCAAAGAAGUACGAUAAAGCAUUUCUUGCUUAUAAAGAUGGUAAAUUUUAUGAAAAAAUAAAUGAUUUGGUGAAAAGUUACAGACAAGAGAUUGAUGAGAAUCUUAUUAGCACUCAUUAUCGAUCUGUUGCCAGAGGACUAUGCUCAUGUGGCAAGUUUGAAGAGGCCAUUAACAAUAUUGUCAUCUUGAAAGAGGCCAAUUCAGAAGAUCUUGAGGUGUUAAAGUGCUUCCUAAAUCUAUGCAGAGUUAAUAUAAUAAAAAAUAUUAUGACAUUUUCAAAUACCAAACAAGAAGUGAAAAAGCUCAUUUCCAAGGCAAAUAAUUUUGUCAAGAAAUUCAAAUCACAUUUAUUAGAAAAAUCUGAACAAUGGGAAAGUUUGAUGAAAGAAAUUCAAUUAUACUCAGCUUAUCUAAAUAAGGAUCUCAAUAGUGUUAAUGAGUGUAUACAAUUCUUUAGAAGUAAUCAAGAGCCUGUUACUGAAUUUUGUGCAGUAAAUAUAUGUCUGCAAAUCAUUCCUCAAUCAGUAGAGCACUGGUAUGAAUGGCUGCAAUGUCUGUUAAGAUUAUGUGUACUAACUUUUCUUUUUAUAGCACCACAUCAAAAUAUUGACAACAUUAACAAAAUUCAUAAGGAUUUUAAGGAGAUUUUUUUUGUGAGGAGUCAUUCAAAUAAAUGGAAAUUUUUUUUAGGCAAUCCAUUUCUUAAUAUGUGGGAUGAAAUUAAACAUGAAAUCAUAGAUGAUGAACAUGUUUAUAAUGCAAAUAUUUUGCACAUUAAAAUGAAGCAAUUCCUUGCCUCAUAUAUCUUUAAGCUCAUCUGUGAUGUUGACAAGAAAAGCAGGCAAAUUCCAAAUAUAAGCUUUCAUAUUUGUCGCUGUAAAAAAAAACCAAGUUGUGAAAAUCAUCAUGUGAUUCCAACACCAUUAGUUCUGCACCAACGCUUGAAACUUGCAAGUCUUAAUUAUACUGUUAUUCAACAGUUAGAUAUAAUGUACCAUUGCAAUGGGCUUCUUAGCAAGGAGCAAAGUGAAAAGGUUCCUGUGAUGCAAGGGUGGUGGACUGAAAAACUAGUUGAAAUUCAUAUUCGUUAUCAAUCACCACAAAUAAGCUGCCCUGAAAUGACUCAGGUGAUGCUCUCAAAACUUCCUAUGCACACAUUCUCUGUUUUUAUCAGUUAUGUUCAAAAUAUAUGGGUGGCUAAAGAGCUCAAACUUUCACAACCUGAUGAAUCACUCAUUGGUUUUGAGGAGUACCAUGGGUACAAAUAUUAUGAAGUAAUUCCAGUUGGAAAACGACUUUCAUUAUUCUUUGAGCAUCUCUAUAAAAACUAUGUUAUUGAUGCAAUCUUACAUGCAAGUGUGUUUAUUCAAUAUGCUUUAGACAAUGCCAAAUUAGUUCAUUUGGAUAGCCCCAAUGCUUUAGGUGAUAUUGUAUCUCUUAUGGAGUUUAAAGUGUCUUUGGUUUUCAUGGCUGGUCCUGAAUAUUGCGAUUUUUGUCUUCCUCAAGCAUAUCUUGUUAAUUAUUUUAAAGCAUUCACUGUGAAGCCACUUUUUUUUAAUCUUAAUCAACAAAAUGCUUAUCAUAUAGAUGACUAUCUAGCUGCAAUUGAUCAUUCUUUUAAACAAAUUAAACAGCUUCUGCAACAAGGGGGUGAUACAAAGAUAAAGCUUCGAUUGAUACGGCUCUUGGUUCUCAUCAGCCUAAAUGAAUCCACUUUUGCACAGAAGAUUUUUGAUCUUUUCAAUCAUUUAAAUAAUAAAAUCUCUUCUCCUAGGGCUAAGAAAUAUCUUUCUGAGGAUUAUAUGAAAAACAGCUCACCUUUUCACCUUAUGAACAUUUUGAGUGAAGACUUAAGUGACUAUGGCCUUGACUCUCUGGUCAUUGUCCAUUACAAUUGUGGAGGCACCUCCAAAUUUUCCAACUAUGAGAGCCAAGAUAUUGUGAAACUUACAUACUCUUCUAUUAAGGAAUUUCACUUUGCUCUUCAACAAAUUAUAUCACCAGUAGCUACCAGCUCCAUGUCUGUCACUAUUACUAAUGAAGAUGAGGAUAGUGAAAUUACAUCAUGGUUUCAACAGACCAAUGAAUCUGCCACAAAAAUCCAAACUUGGAUUCGUCAUGCUCUUGAACAAAAGAAGUCUCACCAACUUCAAAAGAUUUACAAUGAAAUAAUAACUUUUUGUCAGGGUGCCCUGAGAAAGAAAAAAGAAAAGGCAUUACACAAAUAUAUCAUUCUCUUGAGAGAUCCAAUGGUGGAUGUGACUGCGAAGUUAAAUAAAAUGCAAAGUAAAAUGGAUGCAACCAAAGACAAAUUGAAUAUAAUCAAAGAUAAGUUGAAUAAAGACAAAGAUAUGGACAAAGCUGAAGAAUGUCUUAACCUGCUAGAAAAAUUCAAUUACACCCAUUAUAAGAAGAAUGUUAAGCAAGCAUUAGAUUCAUUGGCAACAACUGAGAAUGUAGAAAAACUUAAACAAGAAAAUGUUGAAUGGUUAGAAAAUAAAUUACAAGAGGCACAUGAUUUAAUUAAUCAGGUUUAUGAAUGGCUUGAUAAGUGCAAAAAUGUAAUAAAGUCUGGAUAA